UAAAGCGUAUUUUCAGGUUUUAUUUAACAAAUCUUCCCUAGUCAAUUGACCUCACCUCACUAUAGGGCAUGCAGCAUGCAAAGGGUCCUUCUUCUCUCUAAACCCUAAUCGUAGGUCGGCGAACCCAAUUUUCUGAUCCCAAGACGAUUUCGCCUUUAAUCGCGCGAUCCGAUCCAAUGUCACUCGUCCGUUGCUUAUCCCUCAGGUCGUUGCUCAACGCUCGCCGAUACCGAUCGUCUUAUGCUUGUCUUGUCCCUUUCAACUCUCGUCGCGAUGUAGAAGAAGAAGCUACACGCCAAUUCCCAGAAACUCGGAGUUAUUACCACAGUUUCAUCCACCAGCAGAGCUCGUUAAUCGGUGCUGUCUCCAACUUCUCUCGCAAUCGCUCUUCCUUCCAGUCUCCAGUGAUUCCAUCUCAUCGCACCAUUUCGACAUUCAACUUCGCUGGCUCGAUCGGGUCUGUCGAAAUCCUCACCGAUUGGGUUUUGAAAUCUGCGGUUUCUAAUGUCUAUGCUUUACACAAUGUUGCUGAUGCUCUUUCUUCACUUCAACACUUGCUCGCCUUGCUCAAUUCUUUCACCUUUUCUCAGUGGUGGGUGUGUAUCAUUGUCACUUCGCUUUUGAUUCGGGGAGUGACCAUUCCGGUUAUGAUUGAUUGGCUAAACAACAUUGCUGACUUUUUCAAGAAUGUCGGCUCGCACUCUGCUUCAGCGCAAGGGGAGGAGGCUCUAAACAAGGUAUCACUUCUCAGUAAAAGUGGAAGAGUAAUGUACACCAUGUUGGAAAAGGAGUUUCUUGGAGUGAAAGGAUCAAUCACUGGCAAGGGCAUUCAUGUUCCUGUCUUCUGGCUUUCCAUUGAAGAGUUAAGACAAAACAUGGCUGGGAUUCUUGUUUCCUGUCUUCGUGGUAAGACAUUUGCAGCGGAACUAAUCAGGAACGGUGUCUUGAGCAAAGGACGCUUAGUGAUAGUCGUCGGUGAUGGAUUCGGCCUUGAAAUCCAAAUCUUCGAUCUUGAUUUCUCUCUUAUCCUCAGGCGUCGUCAAGUCCAAAAACCACCGGCUCUCCAAUACCAUCAGUAUCUAUUGGAGUAGCAGCAAUUACGACAUAAAGCUACGAUUUAAUAACUUCUGAUUUCAUUCUGUAAUAAUUUUUUUUUUCUUUUGGUUGAAAGUGAUUUCGUAACCUAGUGCGUAUUGGUGUUUACCUGUUGAUGAAACAUGCGCAAUUUGUGAAUAACGCGUGUCUGGACAUUAGGAGGACUCGAAAACUUUGGGAAAGUUGUUUCUUUUCAA